GGAUUUUCCGAUGAUGCGAUCGGAUUUCCGGCAAAAGUUGAAGCACUCUGGGCUUGCUGAAAAAGAGGUUGACCUGACACUUACCCUCUCUUCCAAAACGCAACUAUGGCGGAUGAUCUUGAUGCCAUUUGUACAGAUCUUGACACACUGAUGCGAAAGUUUUUCGUAGAAUGGAGCAGAUAUCGCUAUUUUAUGGAAACGUUAUCAAAAAAUGUAAAAAAUGGUUACUUGAACAUCUCGAAAACAAGAUACUCGAUAGGUGUUGGCUCAAUUAGUGAGCUUCAGAUUCCAGACCAUGAGUUUAGGCCGUUGGUUGAAGUAACCUGCAACGAGCAUAUGUCUGCUGAGAAACACGAGAAAGAUAUUAUUGAGUUAAUCUUCUUUCAUACAGGUAAAAAGCCCCAAAACAUGAAUGUGGAGAUAAGCAACCAAGGAGAUGCGGCUACAAAUACUGUAAGAAAACGUUUUAUACAAACAACGGAAAUUGUGAAUACUGAUGAUGCUGGAUCCAAAAAGCAAGAAAGUGAAUCAAUUAUGGAGGAAAGUGACAAAAUUUCACAUUGUACCAAUGAAACAGAACUACGGCCUGAUCCACUGAAAUGGUUCGGGUAUCUUGCGCCAACUUGUUUGAGACAAGGUCAAGUUUCCUUUCAAGAGGCCACAAAUAAUGUAGUUCAAGCUGUUAAUGCCAAGAUAAGGCUUCAUAGAAUAAUUCUUGACUUUGAGGAGCUCAAGAAGAAAAAGCAAAAACUUCUUUCAGAUGUAGAAACUGUCUCUUGUAGAAGUGAUACUCAGGGUAAUUAAUAGUUCAAACAGGGUUAUUUAAUUGUAAUUACUGUAAUUUGUUUCUAGCUUUGGCUUUUGAAAAUAAAUAGCUUAUCUUUUCUGUUAAAUUAAAAAUAUUGCAGAAAUACUAAAAGUGAUAGAAUUUUGAAAAACUUGAAGUAUAUUAAUCUUUCAUUUGUUGCUACUAAGAUAAAAUAAGGAACUAAGAUAGUCUAACUAAACCCUCAAUUUACCUCCCUUUUUGCAUCCCAAUUUCCUGUGGAACAGGCUCUGUUGUCCGAAACAAGACCACCUUUGACAAGAGCAAGCCUUGCCGAAGCAAAUGAGCUGUUGGUCUUACAUUUCUAUAAUGUUUUAGUACGGUUUCAAGCUACUUUUCCUUCACAAAAUUGUGUCAAUUUUUUUAUUUUGAAAAAUUUGAUACAAAUACCUUCUGAGUAGCUAUUAAAUUUCAAAAAUAUCAAUUAAAAUAGAAAUUUAGUUAAGUAACACAGUCUUAAGGCACUGUUACAGGGGUACAUAUAUCUUCAUUAUCAGGUACCAUCUUUUAUCAGAAGGUUGGCUACCAUGACCCUCAAACUAUCCCAAAGUCUUGAGUUUUGGUUUGUUGUCAUGGUCAUAAAUAAAAUUAAGGGGCUAAUAGUAGAGAUGGACCCCCAGAACCACCUCUACAGGGAAGGGACGCUUUAAUUCCCCAUUCAUGUCCUGUCAGAGCAUGCCCCUGCCACUGGUACAUAUAUAUUAUCAAGAUAUCUUAUUGCUCAAAUAUAUUUAUUACUUGUAUAGACAGGAUAAGUUUGUUUUCACUCUUGAGCCCUUUAAAUAUGUGAGAGUUUAGUAGCUGUUGAUUGGUCAAAACAAGGAACCAAUCAAAAGUGUACAUAAAUUCCAAAAAAGACAAGCUCUAUUAGUGAAAAAAUUAAACAUGACUGACUUAAAAGAGACUAAUCAGGGAAAAUAGGAAAAUGCACUUUGCAGAAGGUGUGGAGCUCGGGAGGGAACCAUCAAGAACUUAAAACAAAAGAAUACCAAAAUAGAAAAUUUACUGAAAAAAAGACGCUAAAAACUUUUAAGGAUCAAAGAAAAAGUGGACCCAUUUUAAUGCCUGUGUUAUUGCUUCAGUGUCUGAAGAACGUGUGACUGUUCCAGAAUGGAGAAGGCAGCCCUGAUACUGUUAUUAUUAUUGAUCAAAUAAUAAUUCUUCUUUCCAUGUUAUUUUUUGUUCCCAUCCGGAUAUGAUGUUAUGUUUAACCUUAAUUCUCAUUAUUCAAUAUUUACUACCUUAA